UCUAGUGACGUAAAUGUAACAUGGCGGCCUCCUUGUUUCGACGGGGACCGAAGACCGAUGUGGAUGAAUAGAUGAUUCACUCUGAUAUCGAGAUUAGAAUAGUUUUAAAAGCGGUCAUAACUAUCCUGUAAAUUCAGAAUACUUUGACAGCCUACUUUCACAGAAUCUCUGUCAUCCGGAGUCGCCCACGGUGACUGCUUGUCACCAAAUGAAGGACAACAAAGAGAACUCUUCUCUUGGGAGUUUUGCAAGCCUGGACCACAUAAAGCCAUGCUGGUACUGGGACAAAAAGGACCUGGCCCACACGCCGUCCCAGUCGGAGGGCCUCGACCCGGCUACGGAGGCCCGGUACCGAAGAGAAGGCGCUCGGUUUAUUUUCGACGUGGGCACUCGGCUUGGCUUACACUAUGAUACCCUGGCAACAGGCAUCAUAUACUUCCAUCGCUUCUACAUGUUCCACUCUUUCAAGCAGUUUCCCAGAUAUGUGACCGGUGCUUGCUGCCUCUUCUUAGCCGGUAAGGUGGAGGAGACCCCAAAGAAGUGCAAAGACAUCAUCAAAACGGCUCGCAGUCUGCUCAAUGAUGUGCAGUUUGCUCAGUUCGGAGAUGAUCCAAAAGAAGAAGUCAUGGUGUUGGAGAGGAUAUUGCUGCAGACGAUUAAGUUUGACUUGCAAGUGGAGCAUCCCUACCAGUUCCUCCUUCGCUAUGCCAAACAGCUUAAAGGAGACAAAAAUAAAGUACAGAAGUUGGUUCAGAUGGCGUGGACAUUUGUAAAUGACAGCCUGUGCACCAUGCUGUCCCUCCAGUGGGAGCCGGAGAUCAUUGCAGUAGCCGUCAUGUACCUGGCAGGCCGCCUGUGCAAGUUUGACAUCCAGGAGUGGACGUCCAAGCAGUCCUCUCGGCGCUGGUGGGAGCAGUUUGUCCAGGACGUGCCAGUGGAGCUGCUGGAAGACAUCUGCCACCAGAUCCUGGAUCUGUACUCACAGGGCAAGCAGCCGAUCCCCCAGCAGCCCCCAGACCCCCCGGAGAAGGGGAAGUCCUCCGCACCGUCUCCAGGCGCCCCACCCAUCCAGGCACCACCCUCCCUUCCACCCGCGCCCCCCCCGCCCAAGAAGGCAUCUCCCCAGGCCAGCCCGCCGCGCCAGCUCAAACGCCCACACGUGAGUAUGAUAUCCCCUAAAGAGGAGUCGAAAGCUGCAGAACAAGUGGGCAGCAAAAUUCCACGUCUUGAGAGUCCUAUGCCGCCCCUGCCGACCACUCAGCCCCCACCUGAGCGCAAGGCCCCACCUGCAGCCCCAGCUCCCCCUGCGGAGGUGGAGCCGGCGGUGUCGGGCGACUGCGGGGACAUGCCCAAAGGGCCGCCUCCACCCCCCCACGUGGCACCACCACCCCUGCCGCACCGCCCGCCGCCCCCACCCCCCUCCAACACCUACAUCAUGGGCAUGUCCACCUCCAGCUCGUACAUGUCCGGCGAGGGCUUCCAGAGCCUGCAGUCCAUGAUGAAGACCGAGGGUCCGUCGUACGCCCAGAUGCCCCCCAACUACGCACCGCCGAUGCCCUACCACCCGCACGCCUACCCACCCCCCAAUCCGCCACCCCCGGGACCGCCACCCACAUCCUACCCCCCGCCUAACUUGCCCCCACCCUCCCCUGCCUACCCCCCGCCCGGGUACAACCACAGCUACCCUCCGCCGCCACCCCGGAUGCCACCCAGUCACGCAGGGCCCCCGCCAGGCAUGGGCCUUCCUCCGACUGGGUACCCACCUCCGCCGGUGCCCCAGUCCCAGGUGCCUCUGCCGCCCCCUGGCAUGCCUCCAGUGCCCGGGAUGACUCGUGGCGCUUGGAUGAGAUGAGAUGAAGGGGGAAGAGGAGAGUAGAGAGAGGAGAGCGGAGCCGCUCAAAGGGAGGAGGUGAGGAUGGCCUACCAGUCAAGCAGCCAGAGCCAGCCGGCACCCACCGUUGUAAAUACUGUUUUGUUCAGAGACAGUUGCACAGGAUCAGCAGACCACAAAACACGAACAAGCCACACAACAGGGCAAAAGUGAACUUUCGACAACCGAGCCCAACAGUGAGCACUGGGAUCGCACGCACACGCACACACACACACACACACGGCAAGCUUGCUCCUGGAUCCGGAUGGACCGGGUCAGAACAGACCACAGAGCGUCGUGGAUGACCGUCACAGCAACAGGAUACAGGCUCUUUUUCUGACCAUGGAACAUUGCUGACAUAUUAUUGUCAUUCCAUGUUUUAAAAACGUGUGGAGAAAACGAAUCUAUUGGAUGUAUGUUGGCUCCAUGUGUAAAAUGCUUUCUUACCUUUUCCAUUCUUAGUUUGCUGCCUUAGAAUUGUAGGUAUGUGCUUCAUUAAGUACCAUAUCGACCCCCCACCCCCCUUUACUAUUUCACCGUCUCUUUGCUUCGCUGUUCUUGCUCAUGCGUCCAGGGACCUGAAGCACAGAUGGACUGUAGCUAGUCUACCAGUUGGAAGUCCUUUGGGUCGUCUCACGUUUUCAUUAGCAGCUGAAACACUGUAAAACACUGAGGCAUGUACUUUAUUUUUCUGUCUCUCUUUUGUAAAUAUGAGCUCUGAAAAUCAGAUGAGUCACCCUUUUUUAUUAGCUAGUGGUAUUUUUCCAGACGUGCCUUAGGAGUAGGCUGUAGUGGCAUACAGUAGGUAGGCAGCCUGCAGUACCCUUCUGACCCUCCCCUGCACACAGGAUGUCCUGCUUUUGUGAUUUCUGUGGCACUUGGGAUCAUUAAAAAUUACGUUUUUUUUGUUU